UUCAACAUGGGGACCAAAGAACUACGAUCCACUUUGUGGCUCGUCUACGUUACGCUUAUUGUCUACGCUCUGACUGACGAUGAUGUGGAAGAUCACAAUCACAUUGAGCACGUGUGCUCCACUUUCGGAAACAAUCACUGGAAGACCUAUGAUGGAGAAUUCUUCAGACUGCAGUCUGACUGUUUGCACCUGCUGACCUCAGAGUGUAAGGCCAACUACGAGAGCUUCAACAUUCAAAUGAGACGCUCAAAUGAGAACGACAUGCCCAUCAUCAGCAACAUCAUGAUGAAGCUGGACGGGGUCAUUGUGGAGCUUUACAAAGGUUUAGUGAAGGUCGAUGGUAACAAGGUCGAACUGCCGUAUGCCAAAUUCGGUGUGACAGUCAGGAUGACCACAUCCGCUAUCUUUGUUCACUCCAAUUUGGGAAUCAAAGCUAUCUGGAACAUGGAGGACUCCCUGGAUAUUGUUUUGGAUGAAAAAUACCAGAACCAGACAUGUGGACUGUGUGGAAACUUUGACGGCGUAGCCAAUGAUUUCAUCGAAGAAGGGUCUAAACUCUCCGUGGCCGACUACGCUGACAUCAACAAGGUUGACAGCUGUGUGGUGGAUGAGCAAAGCCAACUCCCAUAUUGUGGUAACCGGGGACAAUGUAAUAAGAUCUUUUCCGCUCCUGAAUUCAAAAGCUGCAAAAACCUCUUGGACAAGAAAGCCUUUGUUUUGAUCUGCAUGACCGAUGUGUGCUACAACAAUACAGAGCCCAGGGUCUGCCAGACAGUCUCAGAGUUCUCCAGGGAGUGUGUCCAUGCAGGCGGCGAGCCGGAACAAUGGAGGACCGAAAGCUUUUGCCACAAGUCGUGCCCAUACAACAUGGAGUUCAUGGAGUGUGGCAGCUCAUGUCCUGACACCUGCUCCACACCUCAGGCCAGCAAAAUAUGUCAUAACCACUGCCAUGAUGGCUGCAGCUGCCCUAAAGGAAUGAUCUUUGAUGAUAUCAGUGAAAGUGGCUGUGUUGCAGCCGAUCAGUGUCCAUGUGUGCACAACAACCAAGUCUACAUGCCAGGAGAGUCCUACUAUCACCACUGCAGAUCCUGUGUGUGUGCAAAUGGUCAGUGGAAGUGCACACAAGAGAACUGUCCAGGGUCCUGCUCCAUGAAUGGAGGAUCUCACAUCAAAACCUUUGAUGGCAAAGACUACACCUUCCAUGGAGACUGCUCAUACGUUCUAGUCCAGCAAACUCAGGGCUCUGCGUUCAUGGUGCUGGUGGACCUGGAAAGGUGUGGUGUAUCUGACAGUAAGACCUGCCUCCGAUCUGUGACCGUGGCCUUAAACAACAACACUUUCGUGAUGAUAAUACAAGCAUCUGGGAAAAUUCGUGUGAACCAGAUUAAUUCUGAGCUUCCACUGUCUAACACGGACCUCGUUGCGUUCAAGCAAUCAUCCAAUUACAUCUUCGUCAAGCUCAUGAUUGGCAUCAAGCUUGUCGUCCAGCUGAGUCCAGCCAUGCAGGUCAUCGUCAUGGCCGAUUCCUCACUUAGAGGAGGCGUUCAAGGUUUGUGUGGGAACUUCAACAACAGGAUGAAUGAUGACCUCAUGGGUAGCGCUGGUCUGGUGGAGGGCACUGCCAUAGCGUUCGUUAACUCGUGGAAAAACACAGCCAACUGUCCCAACAUACCUCCACGCUUUGGACAUCCCUGUAACCAUGGCAUCAACAAGGAACAAUUUGCACGGUAUUGGUGCUCUAAACUGCUGGAUAACAAAGGAGUGUUUGCACCCUGCCAUCACGCUGUCGACCCUAACUCAUUCAAAGACAUCUGCAUGUACGACAGCUGUAACUGUGAUAACAGUGAGGACUGCAUGUGUGCUGCUGUCUCGGCUUAUGUGUUGGCAUGCUCAGCAGCAGGAGUCACUCUCAGGAACUGGAGGAAAAACAUCUGUGGUCAAUACACUUUAUGUCAGGAAACAACAAUCUAUCAAUACAACAUGACCAGCUGCCAACGAACCUGCCGAUCCCUCAGCCAACCGGACCACUCGUGCCAGGCCAGCUUCGUCAUGGUGGACGGCUGCGGAUGUGCAGAGGGAACAUACAUGAACGACGAGGGCAGAUGUGUGAUGAGCAAAGACUGUCCCUGCUACGAUAAAGACAACAUCAUUCCUUCUGCAGAAAGCGUGUCAAGAAACGGAAAAAUCUGUUUCUGCAGACAUGGAGUUCUCAGCUGUUCAGGAGAACCACAACAAGGUCCACCUCAAUGCAUUUCCCCCAUGGUGUACCUUGACUGCACCACUGCUCAGCCUGGAGUUUCUGGGACUGAGUGUGAGAGGAGCUGCAGCAACCUGGACAUGGCUUGUGUGAAUACAGGCUGUUCAUCAGGCUGCAUGUGUCCUAAAGACAUGGUGUCAGACGGAGCAGGAAACUGUGUCUAUGAGAAGCAAUGUCCAUGUGUGCACAACGGACAGGAGUACCAGGCAGGACAAACUCUGACUGUGGACUGCAACACCUGUACCUGCCAUAACAGAAAGUUCACAUGCACCAAUAAACUUUGUGAUUCUGUUUGUGGGACCUAUGGCGACGGGCACUAUACUACAUUCGACGACAAGAGGUUUGAUUUCAAUGGACAGUGUGAAUACACACUCCUCCAGGAUUACUGCAGCGGGGGUCAGGGCAAAGGACAAUUCCAGAUCAUUUCAGAGAACAUUCAGUGUGGAAGCUUGGGAACCACCUGCUCCAGGUCCAUCAAGAUCUUCAUGGGGGAGAAUGAAUUCCACCUUAAAGACGAGGGCUUCCACGUGAUUAAGGGAAGCAGCAAAAGUCUCCCUGAACAGGUGCACAAGAUGGGUAUUUACCUGAUGGUGAGCAUCAAGCCAGGAAUCACUAUCAUGUGGGACCAGAAGACCAGCCUUUCUGUUAAACUCCAUCCAAAGUUCCAGGGUAGAGUCUGUGGUCUGUGUGGAAACUAUGAUGGCAACAGUCAGGACGACUUCACCACCCCAUCUGGGGACAUAGUGGCAGAUGUUGUUGAGUUUGGUAACAGCUGGAGGGUUUCAGCCAGCUGUCCAAACGCCGGACUGAUAAAUGACCCCUGUGCCACCAACGGUUAUCGGGCAUCCUGGUCAAAGAAACAAUGUAGCAUCAUCAACAGUGUCACCUUCCAGAACUGCCACUCACAGGUGGAUCCUGGUCCUUUUUUCGACUCUUGUGUAAAAGACUCUUGUGCCUGUGACAUGGGUGGAGACUGCGAGUGUUUCUGCACUGCUGUGGCCGCCUACGCCAAAGCUUGUAAUGACGCCGGGGUCUGCGUGAGGUGGAGAACUCCAAAAAUAUGCCCUAUAUUCUGUGACUUCUACAAUGCCCCCGAUGGCUGUGAGUGGCAUUACAAGCCUUGUGGAGCUGCCUGCAUGAAGACAUGUUCAAAUCCUUCAGGAAAUUGUUCAAGCCUCAUCUCGGCCAUGGAAGGCUGCUAUCCUCAGUGUCCCAUUACCCAUCCCUACUUUGAUGAAGACUCCAUGAAGUGCGUUUCAUGGAACCAAUGUGGUUGCUUUGAUGACAUGGGAAACCAUUACCACCUCGGAGAAAUGGUCCCAACGACUAACUGCAACACUUGUAAAUGCACCUCAUCUGGAAUAAAUUGCAACUAUGAAGUGACACUUUGUAGAUGCUAUGCUAAUGGAAAAAACUACAAUUAUGGGGAGGUCAUCUAUGAUACUAAUGACGGGAUAGGAGGCUGCAUGAAAGCCGUGUGUGGAGCCAAUGAAACAAUAGAAAGAACCACUUACUCAUGUACAACUACAACAACUACUGGACCGACAACAACCCCCUUUUCAUUCACAACAACUGAAAGCACAACUACAGAGAUAACCACGACUACCACACCUCCUACUCCUUCAACUACCACAACAACACUCACUCUUCCAGUCAGUACAACUGUCUUUUCAACAACUAUGUCCUCUACGGAACCUGUUUCCACAACUAUAACAAGUUCUUCGACAAUAUGUUCAUGCAUUAUCAAUGGAACUUCAUAUCAACCUGGGGAGACGCUCUACAAUGUUAAUGAUGGCAUAGGCUUGUGUUAUAUUGCUCAAUGCAAUGCAUCGUGCGAGGUUCAGAAGUUCAACACUUCAUGUCCCACAACACCAACUACAACACCACCAAUCACAACCCCAUCACCACCUGAGGACUGCAUCUACAUGAAUGAAACACGACAGCAUUAUGAAAGCUGGAAGAUUGACAACUGCACCAUGGCUAUCUGUGAAAACGGCACGGUCAUAAUGAAGGCUUUUUCCUGUCCCUUUGUGGAAAAACCUGUAUGUACCAAUGGACAACCGCCUGUCAAGGUCUAUGAUGACAACGGAUGCUGCUUCCAUUAUGACUGUGAAUGUGUAUGCACUGUCUGGUCUGGGCACUACAACACAUUUGAUGGAGUCGGUUACAUUUUCAAGCAGUUGUGCGAGUACUACCUUGUCAAAGAGAUCCAUUAUAAGUACAAACUGUCUAUUAUGUUGGACAGUCAUAGAUGUGACCCUGCGGACAGCACGUUCUGUCCCCAGGCCGUCAUCGUGAAGUUCAACACCUACACCAUCGUUUUGACUCAGUUGAAGAGCGAAGGCCUUGUGGCGUUCAAAAACGGGAAACGGAUAUAUCCCGCCUACUCCAAUUAUUACAUGUACCUCUUCAGCACAGAUAUGGCAAUCACAUUGGUGAUGCCUUCCAUUCAGACAAGAAUCGUCUAUAGAACCAACUCAUUCAGCAUUUACCUACCAUAUGAUCUCUUCCAUGGGAAUACUGAGGGACAGUGUGGAACCUGUGACAACUCCCAGAUCAAUGAGUGCCGUUAUCCAAAUGGCGAGAAGGGACCCUGCGAUAUCUGUGCACCCUCCUGGGUAGUCCCAGGUCCACCCUGUGACACCACAACGAUCCCCCCAACAACUUCAACGGCAGUGACCAGCCAAAGCACAACAAUCAUAACAUCACAGCUCCCCUGCAAACCACCGGUCUGUGAACUCUUAAAGAGCAGUAUAUUUGAGGAGUGUGCUUCGGUCAUUCCCGCAUUCCCAUUUCUUUCAUCCUGUGAGACUGAAGGCUGCAACGGUGGUGGAAUUGAAAUACCACAUAUCAAUGUCACCUGCGCCAUUCUGGAGACCUAUGCUGCUUUGUGUGCUGAAAAAGGAAUCUGUAUUGACUGGAGGAAUAGAACCAAUGGGAUGUGUGAGCACAAGUGUCCAGAGGGCAAGGUGUACAAGGCCUGUGGACCAGCUGUAGAGCCAACAUGCAAUGACAGAUACAACAGCAUGUUCAACGCAGGAUCCUCUCCAUCCUCUACUGACACUAAGGAGGGUUGCUUUUGUCCUGAAGACACCACUUUAUUCAAUCAAGUCUAUGACGAAUGCGUGCCCGCUUGUGAUUGUACAGGACCUGAUGGAAAACCAAAACUGCCGGGUGAAACAUGGAUAAGUGACUGCAACAACUGUACCUGCGACAUGGACUCCAUGAGCGUCGUGUGUGAGCCCACUCCAUGCCAGACAAUGGAGAUCACCGACUGCAGUGAAGAAGGCCAAGUUCUGGUAUCCUCAUCAGACGGCUGCUGUACACAACAUAACUGUGAAUGCAACCAAGCCCUGUGUCCCAAUCCACAUACCUGCCUGCCGGGCUUCAAACUGACGUACACAGAUGGCAUCUGCUGCAAGUCCUACAAGUGUGAACCUAAAGGCGUUUGUGUCUUUGAAGGCACUGAGUACAUGCCUGGUUCCAAAAUACCAACACCAGGCCAACCAUCAGGAACAACAACACCAGGACAACCAUCAGGUACAACAACACCAGGACAACCAUCAGGUACAACAGUACAAGGACCUGGACAACCAUCAGGUACAACUGGAGGUGGACCUGGACAACCAUCCGGUACAACUGGAGGUGGACCUGGACAACCAUCAGGUACAACUGGAGGUGGACCUGGACAACCAUCAGGUACAACAGUAGGAGGACCUGGACAACCAUCCGGUACAACUGGAGGUGGACCUGGAGUACAACUGGAGGUGGACCUGGACAAUCAUCAGGUACAACUAGAGGAGGACCUGGACAACCAUCAGGUACAACUGGAGGUGGACCUGGACAACCAGCAGGUACAACAGUACAACUGGAGGUGGACCUGGACAACCAGCAGGUACAACAGUACAACUGGAGAAGGACCUGGACAACCUUCAGCAACAACUGGAGGAGGACCUGGACAACCAUCAGGUACAACAGUACAAGGACCUGGACAACCAUCAGGUACAACUGUUGGAGGACCUGGACAACCUUCAGCAACAACUGGAGGAGGACCUGGACAACCAUCAGGUACAACUGUUGGAGGACCUGGACAACCAUCAGUUACAACUGGAGGAGGACCUGGACAACCAUCAGGUACAACUGGAGGAGGACCUGGACAACCAUCAGGAACAACACCUUUUGUACCUGGGCCCUGCCAGGAGUGUUACUGUGGCCCACAUAUGGAUCCAAUUACCAUGGUGAACAUCAUUGAAUGCAAACCUAUUGUUUGCAACACCAACUGCUCUGAAGGUUUUGAAUACCAGGAGGUACCUGACCAGUGUUGUGGCAAGUGUGUCCAGAAGAGCUGUAUCUUCAUCGCUCUUGACAAAUCAAGACAUGUAAUCGAGAUCAACGAAACUUUCACUCUUGCUGAUAACAAAUGUGUGGAGUAUGUCUGUGAGAAUAUCAACGGACAGCUUGUUACUAAAGAGAGAAAGAAUAUUUGUCCUCUCUUCAACCCCUUGGACUGUGAACCUGGCACAGAGACAACUGACCCCAGUGGAUGCUGCAGAAUCUGCACUAUGCGCAGCGUCUGUGAAAUCCACAGUAAGCAGGAGAUCAUCAAGGUGAACAACUGUGAGAGCACGAAGCCAGUCAACAUGACAUACUGUGCUGGACACUGUGGAAGCAUGUCUAUGUAUUCUGCUGCAGCUAACGCCAUGAUGCAUCAGUGUGAGUGUUGCCAAGAAGCCAAAACCAGUGAGGGAGAGGUGGAACUCGAAUGUGACAAUGGCACCACGGUCCCGCACAAAUACACCAUGGUGGAGAGCUGUCUGUGCAACAGAGCAGUGUGUGUAGGAGGAACAACCAUUGUUCCAGCGAAGCGCCGCAGGAGGCGUUGAUUGCUGACUCACUGCUAACAUCCAGACUGAACCCUUAAGACACGAUACAAGACAUGACCUUUGACCUUCUUAUUUUCAACAGCUUUCAUUCUUUCAAGCCAAUUUGUGCUCUUUGUCAGCGUCAUAACAUACUAAUUGUGAUGUAAUCUUUCUUCCUUCAAAUCAUUUCUAUUAAAAUUUGACAACUGCAGCAUAAAAAAA